AUGUUGGUGAAGGCGAGGUCUGUAGCAGGAUUUUGGACGGCGGACUUGGAAGUGCGCGCAGGCUGCAAGCAACAAACAACCACCACAACCACGGCCGGGGGGUUCAGCCAGCAGUCCAGCAAGGCAGGCGAGGGCAAAAAAAAAGAGGGAGGACAGGCCAGGGCGAGGGCGAGAGAGGCUGCAGACUCUCUUUCGACUGGUGCAAGUGCAAUUGGGCAGACAGCAGAACAGCAGGGAGGAGGCAGAGUCAAGAGGCACCAAAGCACGCGACAGGGGAGGGACUCUUCUUCUUCUUCUUCUUCUUCUGCUGCUGCUGCUGCUGUUUAUUCGCAGCCCCAGGGCCACUCACGGCGGGAAGACGGGCUCACGGGCUUGGAGCCACUUACAGACGGCCAGCGAGCUUCUCGGGGCGGGUCUCCAGGCCAGAGACAGCCAGAGAGGCGAGACAGAGGCAGAGUCACAGGCAGAGUCACAGGCAGAGUUACAGGCAGAGAGGUGGUGAUGGUGCUGGGGGACAGAGAUGUGACAUGGCCGGGGAUGCUCACAGCGAGGCCGUCAUCGCGGACAGAGAGAGAUGCAAGACAGAAAGAGAAAGACGAAGAAGAAGACGAAGACGAAGACGAAGACGAAGGCUGCCCUGACUAA